GGAGGGGCAGGGCGGCGCCUCCAGGCGUUGGCGUAGCGACCACCGCCCCACGACGGAGCGGAGCCCUUCGGGCCAGUCUGCGGGCAGGUGGGGCCGCGGCCCCUCCCCGGGAUCGCUCUCGUCGGGCGUUCCUCCCAGUGGAUUGUGUUAGAAUACACUGCCAGUCCCUUGUCUUCUAUUCACCAUGGCUUCUUCUGAUAUCCAGGUGAAAGAACUGGAGAAGCGUGCAUCAGGCCAGGCUUUUGAGCUGAUUCUGAGCCCUCGGUCAAAAGAGUCUGUCCCCGAGUUCCCCCUGUCCCCCCCCAAGAAGAAGGAUCUUUCCCUGGAGGAAAUUCAGAAGAAAUUAGAAGCUGCAGAAGAAAGACGCAAGUCCCAUGAAGCUGAAGUCCUGAAGCAGCUUGCUGAGAAACGGGAGCACGAGAAGGAAGUGCUCCAGAAAGCCAUAGAGGAGAACAACAACUUCAGUAAGAUGGCGGAGGAGAAGCUGACCCACAAAAUGGAAGCUAACAAAGAGAACCGCGAGGCACAGAUGGCGGCGAAGCUGGAGCGUUUGCGAGAGAAGGACAAGCACGUUGAGGAAGUGCGGAAGAACAAAGAGUCCAAAGAUCCUGCCGACGAGACCGAGGCCGACUAACUGACCCUGAGAACUGACUUCUCCCCACCCCUUCCUAAAUAUCCAAAGACUGUA